AUGAAGUCUUUUCUUUCUUUGUUCGAUCCGAAUGAAAAUUCGGAAAAUGUAUUAUCGGAAAAUGAUGAUUUUUCACAUUGUCAACAGUUACCCCCAGAGCCUCAAGUUGGAAAUAUCGAGUAUAAAUUAAAAUUGAUAAAUCCCUCAAAGCUCAGAUUUCAACAUUUGGUCACUCAGAUGAAAUGGAGAAUACGGGAAGGUCACGGAGAGGCAAUUUACGAAAUAGGCGUUGAAGAUGAUGGAGCUUUGGCCGGACUUCAAAAUUGUGAUAUGGCAGCAAGUUUACAAACGUUAAAACAAAUGGCCGUUAAAUUGGGAGCCAGUUGUUCGGUAUUAAGAGAAAGAACUCUUGACAAUGGGAAAAAAGUUGCCGAAGUUUUAGUUAGAAAGGUGCCUGACGAUCAGCAUAACAUUGAAGUGAGGGUUGCCGUCAUGGGUAGUGCCGAUGCUGGAAAAUCUACCCUUCUAGGAGUUUUAACACAGGGACAAUUGGAUAACGGACGAGGUCGAGCACGUUUGAACAUGUUUCGACAUCUUCACGAAGUUCAAUCUGGAAGAACGUCGUCAAUAUCACACGAAAUACUUGGAUUUGAUUCCAAAGGAGGCGUCGUGAAUUAUAGCGAACUCAUGACGUCCGAAGAGAUUUGCGAAAAUUCAGCCAAGUUAAUCACUUUCAUGGAUUUGGCCGGACAUAAAAAAUAUUUAAAAACAACAAUUGCCGGACUUACUGGUUACUUGCCUCAUUACGCAAUGAUCGUUGUCAGUAGCAGCGCUGGAAUAUUGGGAAUGACGCACGAACAUUUAAGUUUGGCUUUGGCUUUGGACGUACCUUUUUUUGUUGUCGUUACCAAAAUCGAUGUUUCCUCACCGCAACAAACUCUAACAAAUUUAGAAAAUUUGUUGAAAAGUGCAGGAUGUCAUAAGGUUCCGUUGUUGAUAUCAAAUGAAGAUGACGUCAUAACGGCGAGUUCGAAUCAGAAAUCGGAAAAUGUUGUGCCAAUGUUUUCCGUAUCGAACGUCACUGGAGAGGGUUUAGAUCUGCUGUCAAAGUUUUUACAUUUAUUGCCGCCUGGAAUAAGUAUUAAAGAAAAAGAACGUUUGGAACAGGAAUUAUGCGAAUUUCAAGUAGAUGAAACUUUUCGGAUACCCGAAGUUGGUACGGUUGUCGGAGGACUGUUGAUUCGAGGCGUCGUGGUCGAAGGAACCAAAUUACUCAUAGGUCCUUUCGACGACGGUUAUUUCAAACCCGUCAAAGUACAAUCGAUACAUAGAAAUAAAACUCCCUGUCGUAUGGUUAGAGCGAGUCAAAGCGCAUCACUAAGUUUCACACCGGAAAUUCCAGGUUUGAGAAACGGAAUGAUUUUAGUGAGUCCGGAAUUAAAACCUGCGGGAUCGAUAUUUUUCCAAGCUACCGUCAUAGUGUUGUUUCACGCGACGGCCAUACACAGAGGAUUUCAAACGACCGUACACAUCGGAAACAUACGACAAACGGCAAUAAUAGAAGGUAUAAUGGCAGUAGGUGGCAUACACACGAACGAGAGAGCUUCGGUACUUUUCCGAUUCGUUCGACAUCCCGAAUACGUUCGCGUCGGUAUGAGACUCCUUUUCCGCGAGGGUAAAACAAAAGGAAUCGGUACCGUGACACAAGUUUUCGCAUAUAAACCUCACGGUGGAUAA